AUGUGGCUCACCCUGCUGAUGGCAGUGUUGGCUCUGAUCUACUGGUGCAGGUGGCAUAGGCAGAGCCAAACACUAGAGAAUAUUCCAGGUAAAUAUGUAUUGAUCACUGGAUGUGACUCUGGAUUUGGAAACCUGCUCGCAAAGCAGCUGGAUCAGCGUGGGAUGCGGGUACUGGCAGCUUGUUUGACAGAGAAAGCAGCUGCCAAUCUAAAAAAAGCAACCUCCAGCAGACUGCAGACAGUAAUCCUGGAUGUUACUGAUAGUCAAAGUGUGAGCGCUGCUGCAAAAUGGGUUUCAAGUAGAGUUGGAGAUGAAGGGCUGUGGGGUCUAGUGAAUAAUGCUGGAUUUGGAUAUGCAUUUGGCCCCAAUGAAUGGCAAAGAAGGGAAGAUUUUGCAAAGGUGCUGAAUGUAAAUUUUCUUGGUUUGGUUGAUGUGACACUUAAUGUGCUGCCUCUCGUCAGAAAAGCUCAAGGACGCAUUGUUAAUGUUUCAAGCUGUGGUGGGAGAUUGCCUGCAGUCGGAGGUGGCUACUGCCCCUCAAAAUAUGGUGUUGAAGCAUUUUCAGACAGUUUACGAAGAGAAAUGCAGGAUUUUGGUGUCAAAGUUUCCAUCAUAGAGCCUGGUGUUUUCAAAACCCCAAUGAAUAACACUGAGCCACAUAUAAAUAACCUCAAGCGUUUGUGGGAAAAUGCCCCUGCUGAGAUUAAGGAAGCAUAUGGAGAGCAGUUUUACCAACAAACUUAUAGAACCUCCUUUAGCAGCAAUAACUUGAAUUCCAAGUUAAGUGAAGUCACAUACUGCAUGGAACAUGCCUUGACUGCUGUUUACCCAUGGACACGAUACUCUCCUGGUUGGGAUUGCAAACUGUACUACCUCCCUCUUUCUUACCUUCCAACUCCCAUAACUGACUAUGUGUUAAGUCGUUCUGCUCCAAAACCAGCUCAGGGAGAAAAACAGACUUAA